AUGUGGAGGACACCACUAGUGCGCGGACAUGGGCUACGGAGUCUAGCGAGAACGUUUCAGGCCCGCGGCACCCUGCCAAUGCCAUCACUGUUGCAAGAAUGUCCCGGGAAUUUAGUCGAGAGGACAAGAAUUGAACGUGUCGACUGGCUAUCCGUUCUUGGAAGCUGUCUGCAUCUCCACACUGUUUUCUGCUGCCGCGAGAAUCCUUUGUUGCGCAGGCACUCUCAACCACACCUGGUAGCGGCUGACGACGCGCUGCACAGGCGUCGAACACGUAUGAACAUCAGUGCUGACGAAGCCAAGGUACCGCGUCUCGCAAUGCCAAGCUCCUGGCGAAGCCGCGUGGAGAGUUGUCGCGACUCUGAAACGGCCCGGGGGAGUGCGCCAUUCAAAGUCUUCGUAGAGAGCCGCAGUGGUGUUGUUGUUCCGAGUAUGCGACCUACGAAGAUCCAGAACUCGCAUACACCCCGUUCCCCAGGCUUCGAGACAAGCAUCAUCGCGAAGCUUAGCUGUCAUGCCCCUGCGAUCACACUACACACGUCUCUACCUCAAACGUGUUUCCAGUUUCGCGCCACCAUCUCCCGACGCCCGGCUCAGGAAAACAGAGUGAGUAUUGACACCACCCAUUCAGCGGGUGUUGCUUGUGUUUGGAAGCCACAGAUAACCACUCAUCGUCGCUGCCGCGUUUGA